AUGCCGCCACGUAACAAGCGAAGAGGUGCCCGUUCCACUCCUGCGCAUGUUCAGCCUCCGAAAAGCGACCAAAGAGACCAGUAUCAACAUGCCAUCCCGCGGUUCAUAUUAAGGCGCUUUCAAGCUGGCCCUCGCAAAACCAAGGCCGAGCGACGAGCAGAAUACCGUCGUACAGGUGAAGAUCCUGAUCAGGUCCUUUACUACGACUGUGCUUCUGGGAGCCUCACCGUACGCUCAGUCGGGACAAUUUACGGACAAAAAAACCUCUAUCGAGAUGCUAGUAGUCUUAGCAACGUGAACGAGGUGGAAAAGAAGCUUUCUCUCUUAGAAACAAAGGCCGCGUCGACCAUCGAAACUCUUCAUUCUGAGCUUGCGCGAGGGAAAAUAACUAUAAAGCGCAGAGACCUCGAUGACUUGAGGAAGUUCAUGUUCGUGUUACACUAUCGUAAUGCGGGCAGUACCUACUAUGAUCCCAAACUUUCGCCCAGCAUAAGGCAAUGGUUGAUUCGGUAUCAAACCGAGCAUCAGUGCCAGACACACGUCGAUGUAUGGUUGCGCGUCAUGCGCUAUUAUCUGGACACGCCCCAUUCCCAGAUCGUAGACGACGCCCAUGCAGAUUUCAAGAAGUAUGGUUAUGGGGAGGUUUUUAGGCAGGUUGUGACCGGCGUUGACCCCAUUAUGGAGCAUUCAGAAGCGAUUCCAUAUCAGGUUCAAGCCGAAGGUUACUUUUUAGGCAUAUGGGAGGCUGAAGCGACAUCAGAGUUUAUCUUGACCGACGGUGCAGCCGGACUGUGGGAGGGGUUAACGCCCAGGUGUGAGAUGACUCAUCGCAUAUAUAUAGUCAGUCCCCGUAUUGCCCUCGUACUGCGCAGUCACAAAGUUGCUCUGUACGAGUCCGGGGCUCCGAUGGCGAGCGAUCUACUGUCAAUUCCCCAAGAAAAACCUACAUCUCGACUGGUGAAUGGAGAAACUGCCAUCAGGCUUUCCAACGAGAAUGACAUUUCAGAGUUGAACCGCCACAGAUCCCCCGAUGAUGUCUUCACUUUCACUGUCACGAAACUCACUUUGGAUCAAACUGAGGCUUUAAACACUGUCCUCCUGCGGAAUAUGAAAUAUGAUGGAGGCAUCACAUUUUUGGAGAGAUCGCACAUGUUGCGCACACUUCGUGUGUUCUGGUAUAAUCCAUUACACAAAUUUCUUCGCCAAAAAUAUGCCUCGCUCUUGCGUCAUCUAUCCAUCAUAUCACAACCACUCUCCCAUGGAUCCACGUCCUCACUGCUCGAACCUGUGGAUUCCGAACUUUAUGUUGCACUCAUGGGAGUUGUUCUGAACCAAACUAAAUUUGUGUCCAGAUAUGAUCGGGCCUUAUCCAUUUAUCGACUCUUGCAGAAAACAUCUCAACGUCGGACAUGCCCUUUUGUGACAGAGCACAUAUAUAAUCUCUCGGUCUUCAUGGACAGCUUCCGAAUCCAUAUUCCGGGUGCCUUGUUCUAUAAUCAUUCAUUUCGACUCAAAGUCUCUUUGCCAUCAGAACUAUCACUGAGAAUGUUUACUAUCUUGGAAAAAUUUGUUUCCACAACAUUGGAUGUGAAGAUGGAUUUCGAUGAUGAUGUUCUUGGGAAGCUGGGAAAAGAGGUUGCUUUGCUUGCUUUUCUUGAUCGGAUUGGUGCUGAGAUGCCCAGAGUUUUGAUGAACUUGAAAAACUUGAACGGCAUGUCGGUGAUGGAUAUUUUAACACUAGUGAAGGAAGCUUUUGUUGGCGGAAGGACAACUUAG